UGCGUGAGUUGGUGUUGACGGGGCAGUAAGUUUUAAAUUUGAGAGGCAGAAAAGCUGCCGGAGCCUGAAAAAAAAUAAAUAAAAUUAACGCCGCGAAAAAUGCGCGCGCGCUCGUCGCGCGCGGUUUAGCGCGCGGCGGCGCCAUGCGCCCCCUGACGUCAUUGCGACGUAGCCGAGAGUCUGUGCAUGCGCAGUCAUCACGCUCCCAAAGAUGGCGGACCGUCGGGAGGCAUUGUGUACUUCACCCGCUUAUAAGCGACCUAGGCUGGAAAACGACAGCAAUUUGCUCGGGUUGAGUAUACCAAACGACGUAGUAAUGCCCCCGAAAGAGUUUAAGCGGCAGAGGUUUGCGUCGGAUGCGGCAAAUGAGGUAACAUCGUCAAGCGACGCCAAUUCUGAAAUGUGCAACGGGGAUUCCGGUUUUCACGAACUAACCUCCACAACCGGCAGCGAUCUCGCUAGCGCUGAUGGAGUAUGCCCGGAUAAUGACAACCUUGUGACAGCGGGUGUGGCACGUGAAGUGGACAGUUCGGGCCAUCUCUUUCUUGGAGCUCUAGGUGCCAUUGAUAUGGCGCCCAAGGAUGACAAUAUCUGCGAUGAUGAUGCGGAUGAGGUGGCUUCUACCAUCAGUGAACUGUCUGGCCUCUCGGACCUCUCAGACCUAGCUGGGGCUGAAUGGAAGCCCACCAGUGAAGAGAACUCUCAUGGUGUGGAUGCAGGGCCUAUGGGCUGGGUGCAACGCCAGAUGAGUGUAGGCGCAGACCCGCGUGCUCUUUUGGAACGCCUUCUGCCGGACGGGGCAGUGAUCCCCCCCAGUCUUGAUCGGCUGACCUUAUGGAAGGUGCUGAUCAGUAUGCUAAGUGAGGAGGAGCCUCCCCGGCGCACCAAGCUGGCACAUGUUAACACCCUGGAUGAUGUGGUCCACCUGCUGCGCACCUGCCAGCGAGUCCUCGUGCUCACUGGCGCUGGCGUUUCUGUCUCCUGUGGGAUUCCCGACUUCCGUUCACGAAAUGGAAUUUAUGCACGCUUGAGUAAAGAUUUCCCAGCACUGCCAGAUCCCCAGGCUAUGUUUGACAUUCACUAUUUUCGCAAGGACCCAAGGCCUUUCUUCAAGUUUGCCAAGGAGAUCUACCCAGGUCAGUUCACACCAUCUGCUAGCCACAGGUUCAUAAAGCAACUGGAGGAUAACAACAAACUCCUGAGAAACUACACGCAGAACAUUGAUACGCUUGAACAAACCUGUGGUAUUCGUAAUGUCAUCACAUGCCAUGGUUCUUUUGCAACAGCUUCAUGCACAAGAUGUCAUCACAAAGUGGACUGCAACAUGAUCAAAGAGGAGAUAUUUAGCCAGAGAAUUCCACUGUGUCCCAAAUGUAGCCUGGAGGAAGUGGAAGCAAGUGGGGAAAUGGCAGUCAUGAAGCCUGACAUUGUGUUCUUUGGAGAGGGCCUCUCCCAGGAGUUCCACCAGGCCAUGAGUCGGGACAAAACCCAGUGUGACCUGCUUAUUGUCAUGGGGUCCUCACUCAAAGUGCGCCCAGUGGCCCUUAUCCCCAGUUCCAUUCCUCCAGAGGUGCCCCAGAUACUGAUCAACCGGGAAUCACUGAAGCAUGUCACUUUUGAUGUUGAGCUCUUGGGUGACUGUGAUGUCAUCAUCAAAGAAUUGUGCAACAGGCUUGGCUGGGAUGUGGCUCCUAGUGAUGGGCCUGUGGCUCCAUUGACAGAACUCACAUCAUUGCCUCCUCAAGUAUCCACCAAGUCAUCAUCAGAAGUCAAAGAACCUGCCGAGCAGAGUGGGACCACAGCAGCAGCAGCAGAUGAGAAUGGAAACACCCCGACUAGCAGCACAUCUGUGGCAGAAGAGGUCAUGCCAGAUUCCACCAGUGUUGAUGUGGUUCCCACGGGGGAGAGCCAGGUGGACAGCUUGGAUUGCUCGUCUGAGUGUCUUUGGAAGCCAAGAACAAGAGAGAGCAUCGCCUCCAGACUACCAGAGGGCCACUACCUCUUCACAUCACCAUCCACAUACAUCUUCUCUGGGGCGGAAGUCUACGUGGACUCUGAAGACUCCGACAGUCCAGGGGCCUCCUUUACUGGUGAGGAAGAGGAAGAUGCUGAGUCAGAUUCUGAAUCAUCACGCUCGUCCUUCAGCUCAGAUGAGGAAGAAAGCCCUGCGCACACAUCUGGCCUGGAGAGUCCAUCGCAGGGUAACACCAUGGACUGUGAACCAACUGAGCAAAGUGCCACCACAGCCAGCACUGCACCACUUGUUAACAACCUAAACGAGUCCAUUGUCAUCAAGGCACGUGUUUCUGAAGAAGAGGGCUCUAGUGAUGUAGAACGCAACACCCUUCGCUGCUCCUGAGGUUCUGGUCUCCUCUGCCCGUUGAGAACCAUGGCUCCCACUCUUGCUUAUUUAUUGGUAGCGCAUUCCCCCCAGCCUUUUGUGGUCAGGCUCUCCCGUGGCCAGUAGACUUGCAGAUGAGCAGGUCCAAUUGGUCUUGCACUUCAUUGGUUGUUAUGAAUGGUUUCUGGCUUUGUGUUCCCCUCGCUGCCUUGCGCAAGGUCAUUUGGGGCAAGCGUGUAAACUUUGGAGGGGCUGUUGCGCAUUCCCUCUGAGUGGCUGUGGGCCUGCUGCAUGUUUUAUUGUCCCCGAUGGCUUUUCACUUUUGUGAGCCCUGUAAAACCUAGGGCAGCAUUCUUCUGCUAGUGUUAUCACAGUUUGUUUUCCUUUUGCGCUAUGUUGCAUGUUUCUUGAGCUAUCUGUAUUAUGCUCAGUCACUGCAUGUCACUUAGGCAAUUCUAUUGAACCUGGUAACAGUGCACGUUGGUCCAAGUGCAGCUCCAGAAUGUUUGUGGUGUUUCUACUGCUGUUCUCAAUGGAGAAGUUCUUUUGUGUUAUGUUGUGACUGUUGUGUAUUGCUUGCCCCUGUGGGACGGAAAUGUUGGCAUACAGCCCCCCAGCCAAUACACAUGAUAGAGACACUUUGCCAAGACUCUUCGAGGUCCUUUGCCACUGCGUGCGUGUACAUAUGCUGACCCUUUUCCGCUUUUGGAACUAUUUUUUAUACUCUUGUUUCUGUUACUUUAUUGAGAUGUUAACAUAUUGCCCUCCUUAUUGUUUUUAUUCUAAAUUGUCACCAUAUUUCUAUAUGGCGGAGGUAAUGAAUUAAUUUGAGACAUGGAACGGUGCAGAGGAUUCAGUUGGGAUGGUGUAAUCGUUGGUUUUGUAUACAAGAUGUAAAUACGGUUCUGUUGUCCUCAGCCAUGUGUGUUUUUGCUGCCUCUGCACAUUUUGCAACACAACCAUUUCAUUAGAAAAUUUACCUUUUCGCACAGUGUCACUAAAGCCCUUGCACACCUCUGUGCUGUUUCUAUUCAUUAAGUGAUCACUUUUCGCCUUUUCUUAGAUAUUCUUACUGUGUGAAUACUUGUGUGAACAUGUUAAAACAUAGAUUUAAACUUUGUGAGGCGUAUUUACUUGUAUGCAGUGUGUCAGGUGGAAUGCUGACUUGUUGUUUGCUGUCUUGUGCUUUUAUGAAAAGUCAGAGAAACAAAAAAAGCAAUGUCCCCUUUACACAUAUUAGCAGCUGGGAAUGGUGUGUUGCAAGCUGUUUGGCUUCACUCGAAGUGCGAUAGUGUAUGGGUGUUCCUUAGCUCGGGUCAACCUUGCUCAGGUUUGGGUGCAAGUUUCCUAGAAAAACAUAUGCUGUGUGCCUGUCCACAUAACUUUGUUGAUAUUCCCUUAUUUUUCUUUUUUGAAACUCUCUUUACUUGUGUCUUAGGCAGUAUCCUUGAAAGGGGUCAUUGAGUUCUUAGGUUCUUUUUCUGUCUUUUUGAGCCUAUUAUCACAAUUGUUGCUGUGUGUGUGUGUGUGUGCGUGCCCUUACCUUUGCAUCACUGAGUUGUUUGCUGUUAUUGUGAUGUCUUGGAAGUGCAGCAGCAAUGGCUCAAUGCCCAGAGACUUGUAUUAUCCACUGCUAGGUUGUAGUUUUUCAUAGUGGCACGUAAUGACAACGCACAUCCUAAUUUAUGUGCCGCUCCUUUGCAUCAACAGCAAGGCCAAAAGAAGCAAUACAAAAGAAUCUGCACAAAAGGUAAUGCCAAGUUGCAACUUUCUGUGCCAUCAAAUACAAUUACUUCGUAAAACACACACACAGCAGCCUUUGGUGUUUUGUUGCUAUUGCAGUUUAAUUCAUUAUAUAUCUUUUCAUUGCCACAUAAGACAUUUUUUAUGUCCAUUCGGGCAUUGGUCUUGCUUUUUCUUGUGUGUUAGAGUGUUCUGCAAAGUAUAGGGCUGAGUGCAAUUGUACAUGUGUAUGUAUCCUGCCAUUUCCUCUUUGUCAAAGAUGUUCCUUCAUAUCUCUAUUGUCUUAGUUAUCAUUGGUGAGUGAGGUUGCCACUGUUUGAAACUGUUUCUUCAAGCUGCUUGCUCUUUGCAGGGCUAGGAGCAAUGUUUUCCUUCUACUUGCUCAUUUUGUCUUUUCUAGUGUGAUCCCAUCUGAAAUGGCAAAGUCUACCAAAGGUUCUGGAACUACAUUGUUUGUGUAGGUAACUGAUUUUCAGAACAGGCAGAAUCCUUACUGUAUUGAUCUACUAAACUGUGUUUUUCCUCAGUUUAAAAGGGUGUAAGGCACCUUUCUUUCUUGUUGCCAUUCAGUUGACUCUUGUAAUAUAUGCCGAAAUAUUUGUAAAUAGCUUAAUAUUAAUGUGUUUUGGUGUAAUUUUUUAUGGUUUCUGUAUAUACCCCUCCGCCUUAUUUAUUGAAAGUGUCUAGGAAAGGAUUUACCCUUUUUUAUUCAACAAAUGAGCUAAAAUUAACACUGGAAAUGAAAUGAAUGAGGUAGCAUUAGGCCUUGUGUACUGUCUAUUAUAUUGUUGUGUGCUUGGUGGUUUUAUGUAAAAAAAAUACAAUAUCGUUAUCUUUCUA